ACCUGGGCCUUGGUCCGUGUCUCGCGUGCUGGGCAGUGCAGGGCUGGGCCCUUCCGGGCCCGGGCUGCGGACUCCCCUCGCAGGUCGGCUUUAGGCAGAAUGUCGGCGACCGCGCGGCUCCAGAGUUCUGUGACCUUGGGCAAACGGUUCAUGUGCAUCUUGACUUUCCACUGUGAGACGGUGAUGGUAACCGCCUGCCCCACAGGGCUGUGUUGUGGGAAUCCAGUGAGGUGUUUUGCGGCACUUCGUUCCCACGCUUAACACGUGCAUGCGAAUCACUCAGGGAUCUGGAGCGUGAGUCUGUAGGUCAAGGGUAAGUUUCGAGAUAAGCCUUCCUGCCCAGCUUCCCGGUGAGGCCGAUGUCGCUUGUCUGCAGGCCCCUAGGGUCCUUUGCUUAGUACCUGGGUCAACUUGAGCCUUCAGUAAAUAUCAGUACGGUGUAUAUAGCUUGUUCCCAUUUUUAACAGACGGUUUCUAGUUGCACAAACCUAAGGGUAUUACUGAUGUCUUCCUCCCUUUUCUCUCCAGAGGUAAGAAAAAUAAUCGCCCUUUCCAUUUCCGUACAAAUCAUGACAAAGCUCUUCUGUCCUGACUCAGGGAGCUUCGAGCACUCUGUAAACCAGUGGAACUCAUUGUCCUCCUUAGGUCAUGCUUCAUUGCUCACCCACGUAAACCCUCGGACAGUGAGUGUUUCACCCUAUGCAGCUGGCGGCCAAGUGCCUUAGCACUAGCGUGUCUGGGUUCUGAACUCUAAGCAUUUGUUGCAGGUGGAAUGUGAAUCCCUGUUUUCCGCACUUUGCUCACAUGUGGUGAGUAGUAGGAAAGCCUCCUUUCCAGAACUAGAUUCUACAGCUCACUGCUCUGAAUGGCCUCAGGCAAGCUCUGGCAUGAAUUCACUACUGCCUAGUAGACCUGAAUAAAAUCCGGAGGCUCAGUGUUGCAUAAUACAACAGCGGAGUUAGCAUGGCUGUCUUCCUCCGUCUGGCUCCCUUCCUCUAACUUCUGGACUGUAGUUUAAAAUGAAGCUAUUCGGCCUUGCUCAGACCUGUACCUGGAAGGUGGAAAGUAUCUGGCACCAAUUCUGGCCCAGUCAUUUGUGACCCAUGGCUCUUGCGAUAUGCCGAAGAUUUCCAGGUAGUUUCUGUGGAAUGCCUCCCCGUCCAGCUCUAAUCAAGCACCAUGUAGACCAGAAAUUGCUUGGACAGACCUGUAAGGACUGUGUCCUGACUGCCAAAACGGUCAGUACUGACACCAGAACAGUACCCACUCUCAAGUUGUUAAAACCUUUAGGAUACCGAGCAUUUUGCAGUCCUUUUGCCUCCAGCACAGCCCAAAGUGUGACAUACUGGAAUGUGGGAAGCUUCACCCGGCCGAGAGGACAGGACCCUCCAGAAGACAGCAGCCUCUGCCAUCCUGCCAAAAAAGUUGAGAACAUUCAUAGCGGUUCCGCCUCCCAGAGGAUCCUGACGACCAGCAGAGCCCUCCCAGGUUUGGAACAUGGCAGGGCUUCUGCCUCUAAGGCCAGCACAUUGAAACCGGGCUCACGCAGGCCUGCAGGAGUUGUUGACGGGGAUAUAGAAGUUUUUGACUCCUUUGAAGACCCCCGAGGUUUCCUACAGCUAAGACCGGAGUACCAGCUUCACAGCUAUAACAGAUCUGAGACUUGUCAGCCCCUGUCUGUUUCAGAAGGUGAAUUAAUUUUGCACAAAGUCACAAUUCAUCAAGAUACUCUCCAGCCCCAAGUCAUUGCUGAUUAUUUCUGUAAGCUGAGCUGUUUGCCUGCAGAGCAGCGUCCGGUUUUGCUGUCCAGUGCCAGCUUUGCUUCUCUCUGCCAGCUGAGUGUGCAACACAUACAGCUCUUUGAUGUCCCAGAUCUGAUCAGUAUUUUGAAAGCCUUUGUCAGUUUGGGAAUCCCCCACUCCCAUUCAAUGCUAGAUGUGUAUGAAAUCAGAUUUUGCAGUAAGGUGUGGGAGAUGAGUCUGGAUCAGCUUCUCUUGGUGGCUGAUAUCUGGCGAUGCUUGGGCCGCAGAGUACCUCGGUUUUUAAAAAUCUUUUUUAGUUACCUUAAUUUGCACUGGAAAGAUCUAUCCUUGUCCCAGCUGAUUCACUUAAUUUAUAUUAUAGGUGAAAGUCGUCAGGUACCCCAAGAGCUAAUGCAAAAACUGGAAUCACUGAUUCUCAAGUACAUAGAUGUGAUCAACUUAGAGGAGGUUGGCACAAUCUGUUUGGGGUUCUUUAAAUCAAGUAGUAGUCUCUCUGAAUAUGUCAUGCGGAAAAUUGGAGACUUGGCUUGUACUGACAUGCAGCAUCUGAGCAGUUAUGCCUUAGUGAAUAUUCUUAAAAUGUUCCGUUUCACUCACGUGGAUCACGUAAAUUUCAUGAAGCAAUUUGGCCAGAUUGCUCCUCAGCGAAUUCCUUUUCUAGGGGUUCAGGGUGUCAUGCACCUGACUCUUGGUUGCUCGGCCUUACGCAUCCUGGAUGAAGGGAUAAUGAACGCUGUGGCUGCUUCUUUGCCUCCGAGAGUGGCAUACUGCCGAAGUAAAGAUGUUGCCAAGAUUCUGUGGUCCUUUGGAACUCUGAAUUACAAGCCACCCAAUACCGAAGAGUUUUAUUCUAGUCUGAUAAAUGAGAUUCACAGAAAGAUGCCUGAGUUCAAUCGAUACCCAGAACACCUGCUCACCUGCCUGCUGGGCCUGGCAUUUUCUGAGUACUUUCCAUUAGAGCUCAUCAAUUUUGCUUUGAGUCCAGAGUUCAUCAGGUUAGCUCAGGAAAGGACUAAGUUUGAACUCACUAAGGAGCUAUAUACUCUUGAUGGUACAGUUGGCAUCGAGUGUCCAGAUUAUAGAGGCAAUCGUCUUAGUCCUCACCUUCAGCAAGAGGGAUCGGAAAUGCUGUGGAAUUUAGCAAGGAAUGAUAUGUGCUCAAAGCCUGAAUUCCUGGAAGCUCUCUUUUUACUUGAGAACAUGUUGGGGGGGCCCCAGUACAUCAGACACCAUAUGAUUCUGCCUCAUACCCGAUCUUCUGACUUAGAGGUCCAGCUUGAUGUUAACAUGAAGCCAUUACCCUUUAACAAAGAAGCCAUAUCAGUUCAAGAUGAAGCCAAAGUAAGGCUUAAGCAUGUGGGAGUCAGCAUUACAGAUGAUCUGAUGAAUCAGCUACUGAAAGGGAAAUCAAGAGAACGUUUCCAGGGAGAAAUUGCAUCAGAGACCAAACAGCGGGAAAGGGAAUUAGAGAACGCAGGCAUACCUUUGAGGAGCUCCCUUUGCAGUGUGGCAGACAGAUUGGGGGCCAUGGAGAUGGCUGAUCCUUGUCCCCCAGCUUGCACACAGGCCCCACAAGUGAAGCUGGCUAUUCAGUUGACAAAUAAAAACCAGUACUGCUAUGGUUCCAGGGAUCUGCUUGGACUGCACAAUAUGAAGAGGCGGCAGUUGAAUCGGCUUGGGUACCGUGUGGUAGAGUUAUCUCACUGGGAAUGGCUCCCACUACUGAAACGAACUCGCUUAGAAAAGCUGAUGUUUCUCCAUGAAAAAGUGUUCACCUCUGCUCCCUGAAGGGCUUUCAGGGACACCAUACCUGGUAAAUGUGAUUGAGGUACACUGUGCAAGGUGUUGGGAAACCGUUACAAAAGCCAGAAUAUAGGUUUGGUAAUGAAAUCUGUUGAGGAGACUUAGUUGUGCUCUUGUCUAUGGCAGAGGGAAGUUAUGUGUGUGUUGCUGUGAAUUAAUUGUAACUUGGCCCCAUUGUACAAGUUGUUGCCAAUUUGUGUGGGUAACUAAUAAACAUCUUAAAAUUCCCUUAUUUUCAAGUAA